ACCAUGCAUGAAAUCCAGGGGCUCGAUCGGCUUUCUGCCCACCACUGCGUGCUCCUUGCUGUUCAUUAUGCCACCGAAUCCAACAUCACCGCUCUGCAAGCCUUGACCACGCUGCGCGCACAGGACUUGCCUCUGGAGCUGACUUUGCAAAUCAUUCUCACCUAUCUGUCAGAGACGGUUGAUCCUUCAACGUACAUUGAAUAUCUUGACGAACUCGCCAACAGUGCCUCGAAUCCAAUCGAUGACCCCGCCAUAGCCUUCGAUCUAUCCUCCGUCAAAGAAUUAUCCACUGCUAGAGCACGCAAAAGGAGAAGUCGAAUAGAGUUGUUGCCGCUCGUGCAUCCGCUGUAUAAAACCGAAUCCGAUCUCGACUUGCUCACACACUUUCUCAUCCACCGCGCGCAUCGAAUAGACGAGGAAACUGGCCUGCUCGAUCUCGUACCACAACUCCUCGUACCGUUUCUCGGCCACUCCGAAUACCUCCGCACGUGGUUCAUAUCGACCGUCUUUCCCUUGCUUCGCCUUGGUUAUGAAUACUAUCCGAAUAUACCUGUACCUCCGUUGGAAGAAUUCGCGCGACUACAAGGAACAAGGGCAUUGAAUGUACAGUUGGCUCCUCUUCUGGAAUCAUCUCAUGACAAUGCAGCGCGGGAUUUACAAGGAGUGGUUGGGCCAUGGAUUUGCGGAGCCAACGAACGCAAGCGACGGAAACUCUCAAAAGAAGGUCGAAGAGCAUCCUUGACAGAAGCGUCUCCGCAGGGUAUGGACGAUUGGGAAGCUUUGUUUGGCUGGUUGCUUCGAACGUCAACAGAAGACCUUGCGUUGGUUACAAGAGCUGUGGAAGAAUGGGAUGGGCCCGAGGAUAUAGAUCUAGGAGGGUACGACGAAGGGCGUGAGUACAUCGAUGACGAGACCCGCAGCAAGUUAGAGAUCAGAUAUGCUCAGAUGGCGUUGGCCUGUCUGUAUCUGAUUGAGGAUUCCGAACCAGAAACUUUGAAGACAGCACACUUGCUAUUGUCUCGGAUAGCGUCUCUGCUGAGUCUGGAACCGCCGCCGAACCUGAACGCCAUUGUAAGCGCGCUACCAACGUACGACAUUCCGGAGUCCAUUUUGCACGACGUUUCUGCGUCUAUUCUUCAAGAGGAUCGGCUCUUACAUUCAGAUAACGUCUUGACGCAGCCUAAUCCCAGCACCGUUCGUCUUCUCGAGCUACUGCUGUUCUCUUCUUGUAUAUCCUCGAGUUUGCAACAAAAUCUGUCCAUACGUGAAGUAGCACGCAUGUAUCUACGGAGUGAUGCGUCGGAACAACUUACUCUUCUCAAAAAAGCCAUCCAUAUUUUGAGCACGACUGCGAAGAUAGAAAGUGAGCAAUGGAAAGCAACAAGGGCUAAGAUACUAUGGCUUUGGGGAUGGGGCUCCAGCGUGGAGGACACAGCAAGGCGCCACGGAUAUGGUGUGUUAGGGAAUCUUCAUAUCGACGUUGUCGAGACGGAGAUUCUUAAAGGCCUUCUUGAAAGCAGUCACUACGCCCUUGCUAUCGAGAUCUAUGUUCAACAUCCAACCGGGUCACUGCCCCUACCCUCUUCGAGUGUGGAGCGUAUUGUGCUAGAAGCCGCGAUGCAUCAUUACGACAAUGCUAGCAAUGGAAAUAAGUCGAGAGGGGGUAUCAAGCGGGCUUCUGAUAUUGCGUCGGCCUUCAAUCCUCAUUUCAAGAGUUCCGACCGUUUCCAGCGACUGCAAGCUUUACUCGCAGCCACACAUGCAAUGUCUUUCUACUCACUUACUCUUCAGCACGGCGUUCCCUUCCAACCUGUGAACAUCAGAGUGAGUUCUGAUCCGUUGUCACUCAUCCAGAAACUGCUCUCGCAGAACAGUCGCAGUUACACGCACCUUGACGACAUGAUAACAAUUGGACAAAACCUCGUCAUGGCAAGACCGUCGACGCUACUUGAUGGAGAUGAGACAGAUGCUCCAAUAGAGUCAGCUAGUUUGGACAAGAAAAAAGCAGUCGCUGAGCGCCGCGUGAUAGGCAUGACAGUGGAAGCAGCUCUUGCAGAAGACGAUUUCGAAACUGCCUACUCAUACGUGGUCAACAGACUGAAUCCAAGUACACCAUCACCCUCCGUCUCGCCUGAAGCGUCCGUUUCUUCAAAUCCAUUCUCUUUAGAGUCUCCGGUUAAAGAGGAUAAUGACGACAUUGCCUGGCGCGCAGCUCUCGAAGCAGGCCGACAUCGUACUUCUCCAUCAUCAUCAUUCAGCUGGGGCCAAAAUACCACAUCUCGCCCUGAUUUGCGCCAACUGGAACAACGUAUGGAAUUGCUGUCCCAAGCUUUGCUUCUUACACCCCCACGCCACCUGGAAGAAGUCCUUGCAGUAUGGCAGGAAUGUGAAAAUGAGAUGACUGCUUUGUUAGCGGAAGAAAAUGAAGCCGAAGAACGCUUCAACGAUGCGGCAGAUCGCAGGUUACCUGGUGCAUUUAGUAAUGAAACGUUGGUUGUGCAACCCCGCCGCGAAGUAGGUAGAGGUGCUGUGGAGGAGUCUCCCAUGGGCCUGUUUGACGUUGCUAGAGGAGCCGCUGCAGCGUUCUCUAAAAGUGCGUUUCCGCUCCGGGGUGCAGCUGAGAACCAAUCUUCAACCAGUACUCAGGACAGGGACUUUGGCGAGGACAGCGGUCGCAUGUCCAUGGAUUUCAGUGAUUCGGGAAGCAUGAGUGCAGAAGAUAGAGUUCGCAAGAGGGAUCUCGUAGCCAAUGCCGUCACGGGAGGUCUUGCAAGCGGCAUUGGCUGGGUUCUUGGCGCCAAUCCAAACGCCCAUCAGGAAAACCGCUGAUAUCCAGGCGUAGACUUGACUGCGCUCAGCGCGCAGCCUUUCAUGCU